AUGAGUAGUCUCAAUAGCGUGUUGCACCAGAUUAACGAGUCGCUAUCGUCAACAAGCGAAUCACUGGAAGCUUUGAAAAGACAAUAUGAACAACCGGCUUCCGAACAUAACGGCGUGAAAGGCCGUGUUAUACAGGAUAUUUUGAAAGUCGGCGACGACGUGGAUAAAGUUUCUCUGCUUUCGCUGAAAAAUGGAAGCUUGUUAGCAUAUGUGAACAGCCUUGUGCAAGUGGUUGGUGAAAAAUUGAGUCGGCAAGAUAUGACGUCUUCGCAAGGUAGAAACUCGAGUGUGGAACACCGUGUGGUGUUGGAACGUGGAGUGCGUCCUUUGGAGAAACAGUUGUCGUAUCAGCUGGACAAAUUGACUCGUGCAUACACAAGAAUGGAAAAUGAAUACACGACAGCAGAAAAGCGAGCAAUGGAGAAACAGGAACAGAAACUGCAAAAUGGCGACGACCAAAGCGAUAACAGUAGUGCCGAGGAAGACUCCGAGGAUGAAGCUAUGUCGUUCAGACCCAACGCCGGCGCAUUGGUGGAAAAAUCCACGUCUGCACGUAGUAGCAGAAAGCCCACUUCAAAAGUCCCAGAUUCCAACAGCAAUAAUGAAGGAGAAGACGAAGAAGAAGGAGCAGAGUCUUCUGCCACCUACAGACCACCCAAGAUCAGUGCGAUGCUCCCACCACGCCAGCACCAUUUCGAGGACAAAUUCAAUGCUCAAGAACACAAGGAUCGCAGUGGAAAGUCUCGUAUGCAAGCAAUGGACGAAUAUGUUCGCGAGAUGUCUGAGCAACCUGAGUGGGAAGCCUCUGUAGGUACAAACAUUUUGAAUCACGGUAAGGGCGGUAUCAAAUCUUCUCGUGAUGCUGAGAAAGAACAGCGGGUGAAAAACUACGAAGAGGAGAAUUUCACUCGACUCAACCUCAAGGGCAACAAGGCUGAAAGACGCAAAGCUAAGCAGCGUGAGAGAGCCGCAAGAGUCAACAUGGUUGGUGGUGAAGAUUUUAGUAUUUUCAACUCCAAGCGCAAGCUUGAAGAUAGCACUUCUCGACAAGCUACGAAGAAGCCCCGUGGUGCAUGGGACAGGGCCAAGAGAAGGAUGUAA